AUGGGGUCUGUGUGCAGACACACCAAAGACCACGGGACACAGCAACACCAGCAGGCCUUCAGAGGCUUUCUGUUGAAAUCAAAAGCCUUCUGGGGGACGUCGCAGGAACCCGAGACCUCAUGCUACGUCAUCCUGUUACUUCCUCUUGCAGAGGGGACAGAUGGAUUUAAACGACCGUUUUGGCGAUGUCCCACAGGCGUUAUUAACUCUACCUUUUCUUUGUUGGGGUUUCUUAGGAAUAUCUUGGUGGACAAACCCAAUGAUCAGUCUUCCAGGUGGUCUUCCGAGAGCAACUACCCCCCACAGUUUUUAAUCUUGAAACUGGAACGGCCGGCCAUCGUUCAGAGCAUCACGUUCGGCAAGUACGAGAAGACGCACGUCUGCAACCUGAAGAAGUUCAAGGUGUUCGGGGGCAUGAGUGAAGAGAACAUGACGGAGCUCUUGUCCAGUGGCCUUAAGAACGACUACAACAAAGAAACGUUCACCUUGAAGCACAAGAUCGACGAGCAGAUGUUCCCCUGCAGAUUUGUCAAAAUAGUGCCUCUGAUGUCUUGGGGUCCGAGUUUUAAUUUCAGCAUCUGGUACAUUGAGCUGCACGGUAUUGAAGACCCUGAUGUGGUGCAGCCCUGCCUUAACUGGUACAGCAAGGUAGGCCCCCCGGGUAGCCUGGGCGUCAAAGUCUCCUUGCAGCACCAGCCUGUCGUGCAGGUGGGUGAGCAUCGGGUGCUCCAGGGCUAUCCGAGUCUUCUUCUGCAGCGACUCGAAGGCCUCUGUGUAGUUAUGCUGUCGAAAGUGCUUGAGGCAGAGGCGGAUGGCUUCCUGUUCCCGACGAGGAGGUUUAAUGUUGGUCUACACGUCUGUCCUCCCGCAGAGACCGUUUACCUGUUUGGGGGCUGGGACGGCACGCAGGACCUUGCUGACUUCUGGGCCUACAGUGUUCAGGAAAACCAGUGGGCCUGCAUCUCCAGAGACACCGAGAAAGAAAGCGGUCCGAGCGCCCGUUCGUGCCACAAGAUGUGCAUCGACUCCCAGCGACGUCAGAUCUACACGCUGGGCCGCUACCUGGACUCCAGCGUCCGGAACAGCAAGUCCCUGAAGAGCGACUUCUACCGCUACGACAUCGACGCAAACACCUGGACGCUGCUCAGCGAGGACACGUCGGCCGACGGGGGGCCAAAGCUGGUGUUUGACCAUCAGAUGUGCAUGGACUCCGAGAAGCACAUGAUCUACACGUUUGGCGGUCGGAUCCUGACGUGUAAUGGCAGCGUGGAGGACAGUCGGACGUCGGAGCCUCAGUUCAGCGGCCUGUACGCCUACCACUGCCAGGCGGGGACGUGGAGCCUCCUGCGGGAGGACUCGUGCAACGCGGGUCCAGAGGACGUCCAGUCGCGCAUCGGACACUGCAUGCUCUUCCACACUAGAAACCGCUGUCUGUACGUGUUCGGAGGUCAGAGGUCAAAGACGUACCUCAACGAUUUCUUCAGCUAUGACGUAGACGGGGACCACGUCGAGAUCAUAUCCGAUGGCACCAAGAAGGACUCGGGCAUGGUACCUAUGACGGGCUUCACCCAGAGAGCCACGAUCGACCCCGACCUCAACGAGAUCCACGUCCUCUCGGGCCUCAGCAAGGACAAGGACAAGCGCGAGGAGAACGUCCGCAACUCCUUCUGGAUCUACGACAUUGCUCGCAACAACUGGUCAUGUGUGUAUAAGAACGACCAGGCGGUGAAAGAAAACCCCAGCAAGGCUCUGCAGGAAGAGGAGCCGUGUCCCCGCUUCGCACACCAGCUGGUCUACGACGAGAUGCACAAGGUAACACACACAGCCGAGGCCAACAACCACUGA